CUAAAACCGAACGCCUGACGCACGAAAAGCACCUUUCGCUUUAAUUUCACGAGGAAGAGGGUCGUGAAAAAAAUUUUUAUGGUCCGAUCACCGACAGAUUCCGAUUUUCAUACUUUUGAUCGGUCCAGGAAUAUCUUUGUUACAGGCGGCCGUGUCGGCGAGUUAAGUGAUCUCGAGAAAAGAGCGUCACGCGACAUCUGUAUGCAAGUUUGCUGAUGCAAGCGUACGGCGGUUUUUACAAUGUAUCAACGACGAAGCGGUAAGUUAUGCUGGCAUAGACAUAAAAAGGUUACCUUAGGCCGGUAUUAGUUGUAUAUUUGAAGGGUUUCCUUACGACGUUUGUGUUGAUCGCCAAAAAAAAGAUAGAUUCUGUAACAUGACCAUACAAUUAAAAUAAAGAGAAGCUGGUCAGUCUUUAUUGUGCCUUUAUAAUGCCACAGCUUGUUUUCAUUGAGAAGUUGUUUUUAAAUUUUCAAGUGAUGAAAUAACUGGCUUUAACAGUAGAUGAAUUUUUUUUAGCCAUUUCCUUUUAUAUUUCUUAGUACAAGUUUUCUGUAAAUAAUCAGAAGGAGUACUAGGCUUUAUUACACAUGUAAGCUUAAGUUUAAACUCGCUUCUGCAGCUGGUUUCAAACCCUAGCUUAACUUGCAGCUUAAUAGAUUUUAAUUUAACCGAGAUAAAAAUCAACAUUUGAUAAUAAAAAUUAGGGAAAGGAGUUUUACACAAUGUUUUGAUGUCGCCAUGACAUCAUUAUCAAGAUAAGAAACCAAAAUCUGACUUAAUAUAUUAUACAGUUUGAAGUGACAAGGUAAACUAAAGAACAAAAGUAGCAUGUUUGCUUCUGUAAAUGACAAUGAAGAUAUGUUAAACAAACAGUUUUGACCAGAUGGAAUCUGAUUGUCUAUUUAAUUUUGGUUUCUUCUCCUUAGUAAAUCAGACAGCCUAAUUUUCCAUUGCACGUACCUCUUGUGUGCGUAGAAGUUGGUGAUAAGGUUGACUAUAGUUUCUUGGUCGUGAGCAUUCUUUUAGUGCUGUCUGAUUGCCGAUUGAGGGUGUUCAUCAAAAAUGUGUUGAUGAACACCAUCACCACAAUAAUCGUUAAUCAACAUCUGUACCAAAAAUGCAAUGUUUUACCCUGCCUUGUGUGAAGUUCCACUGUCUCCCUUCAGACAGCAUUAUGAACUACCUUUUACUUAAAAUCUUGCAACUUAAUACUUACUGUGUUUAAAAUUAUUCUAGUCAAAGACAUUCUCUUUGCAGCCAUUAAUAGGGUUGUCACAUAGUGCUCCUCCCCAAUCCUGAGCAUUGCAUGACAACCCCAUGAUGUCAUCAAAGGAGACCAUAAACAACACAAUUUGACAGAUUGUUUUUUCUUUGCUUUUAUUUUCAGGUAGUUACAUAUGUAAGAAGCUUGGCAAUGGAACCAGCAAUUACCAAACUUGGAAACUGUUCUAACAGCAAAACAACUUUGUCGUGAUGCCAUAUUGUGAUGAAUAUCUAAGAAUCAUAGAAAAGCUCCAGGGAAAAUAUUACCAAAUUGGAGAAAUUUUUUUUUUCAAGGGCAUUUACCUCCCUAUAGUAUGACUACUGCUACAGCAUUAUUACAGGAAUUGGAAUGGCUUAGACAGCAUGGCCAGUCACAAAGCAAUGUGGUGGGUAUAUCUGGACUAGUGAAAUUCCUAUACACUAUACCUGUAGUAACAACAGUGAAAAUAGUUACUAUUUUCAUUUCAUAUUUUCUCAAACCCUUUCUUAUUCAAGACUUGUUAAUACUUCCGUGCACCCUUUCCCCACAUGCGCUGUUGGUUAUGGUCAGAGAAUUUAAAUUUUGCUUCAGCUCAUAUGACUACCCAGGCAUGCAUCUCCUUCGUUUCACUUAAUGUACAUGUACAUUAAGUCGCAAGAGUGACCAGUCGAUGGGGAGCCACGGGGGAAUUGGUGGUAGAAUUCAAAUUCCAGAGACAUAGUUGCAAGCUCUGCUUCCUUUUUCUGCCCUGCCACCAGAGUGCCCCAGAUAGCUUGCUCGCAGGUUGCACCCAUUCUCCGUAGAGUUUGUGAAGUAUGGAAUACAAGACACGGACUAAAAAAGCUUCAAGUGACACUCAGUCUUUGUAUCUUUUUUGAUUCCUUUUUCUAGUUAGUUGAAGUGAGUGCAAACCACAACAUUCUCUGCAGUGAAAAACUGUUUGUUCCCCAUAUUGACAAGAACAAGCCUAUAACAUGGACAUUCAGAAUAAAAUCAAGUGUAAGUCAGUGUUACUGAAUUAAAGACAGAUACAGCUGUAUACUUUCUGUAAGCCACUGAUCAAAUCUUGGCAAAAACUCGUUUUUGGCUUGCUUCCGGGCGAUUCCGAGCGAGUUUUAGAUCUGCUGUUGUUCUUUCUUGAGGACUCUAUGGAGAAACUCUGGGGAAGACUCACAGGAAAAACUCGCCAGGGAAAACUCGCCGGAAUAACCCUGAAAUGACCAAAAUUGUUAAUAAGAAGGAAGAAGAUCAGGAAGAAAAGGAUUAGAAGAAUCAAGUUGUUGCAAGUUGUGUGAAUACUGACAUCUGACUGGAUAAAAUUGAAUGGGAAUCACACCAAACACGGGUGUUACAUCACUUGCUGCACAAAAUAAGUUUGCCGUGGGCCGCUGAAACGCACAACAUGAACAGAUUUUCUUGCAAAAAGCAGAACCACUCUCUACUUCCUUCAACAACCUGAUUUGUCACAAGACAUGUUUUAUUCAUGGGUUGUAAAAUGUGCAGCAUCGCUAUUCUUAGCCUGUUCCAGGCAUUCAGAUAGAAAAGUGCAGGCGAAAUUGAUGUGGGACGGGCAGGGGGGACGAGGGGAGGCAAGAGAGCGAAAGGGGAGGAGGAGGAGGAGGUUCCCUUGCUAUCAUGCCAGUCUCCCCUUGUUUUUCCCCCAUUUUCCACGCAUACAAUUUAACUCGCUCCCCACCAUCUGAAUGCCGCCUCUAUGUUUUGAAAGUGUGGAACAGGCUACACUAUUCACGUCAAGUUUUAUGUUUUUGUUGCCCAUUUUACCGUGCGUUUAUAACCUUGGAUAUCAUUAUACUGAGGAUGUCCUCUUUCAGUGCUCUUUUGCUAUUGCUAUAUUGCAUGUUCUUUCAACCACAGGAAAAAAUAACAGAUUCCCACUUUUGGAUAUUUUAGGGUAUUUAAAGAAUACCCACAAAAAUCCCAAAUUUGGAAGAGUGAGACAAGUCCCAAUCAGGGAACUUGGUUGGGAAUUCUCUGGUUGGGACUUGUCUCACUUUGCCAAAAUUGGGAUUUUUAUGGGUAUUCUUUAAAUACCCUAAAAUAUCCAAAAGUGGGAAUCUGUUAUUUUUUCCUGUGAACAAAACAAAACGAUGGACCAUUUUACAGUUAUCCUAGCCUUUGAGUGAAUGUGAGGCUGAGGUUGACCUUGUUUUGAUACAAACCUUCUUCUUUUUCUUAUGGAAAUUAUGCUUAAAAAAUACUAAGCUAUACUAGUUAGCGUGAGAUCUAAUGACAUGAUUUACGUGAUAAAGCAGGAAGGGUUGUAUCAAAACAAGGUCAACUCCAGCCUCAUUUCCACCUGUAGUCCUUUGUACAAAUAAUUGCCUUUAUCCGCAUGUUUUUAGAGCCGCGUUAGCAGAUGGUGCAAGUUGCGUCGUGUAUUUACUUUGGAUCCAUAUCUUCCGGAGUACAGCAUAGCCCAGGUUAAAGUUAGUGAUACCCUGUGGACAAAACUACCCCAAGGAAGUCAGGAAUGGGAAUCAAACACAGGUAUUCGGAUGGAUACCUGCCAGAUAACCCUCCGAUUUGAAUCUGCAGACUAUGGUAGCUUUCAGCAGCGACUUGUAUUUGAUUUUGCUGAGCGGCCUCUUGUGUUCAGGCAGCUUGAGGUGGUUGUUGCUCCGGAACAGAGCUUGAUGCAUACCAUUCAAUACCCGGUGGUGUGUGAUGAAGACAGUGAGCUCUCUUGGCUGGCCAAAUACAAUAUGAUUCCCUUUGACCCUCAGAAUUCACAAGGUAAAUGUUGUUAAGAUUAUGACUGUGAUGUAAUAAUUUAAAGGUCUGUGAUGUAUUACAUGUACAGGAUAUGUUAAGUUUACUAUUUCUUUAAUUUUACCACUUGUAAUUUACAAGCGUUGCAGUCACGCCUCUGACAAUUUGCAUGUCUUUGGUCGUGUCCUUAUGCGAGAAGUUUUGGCUUGCAUGUUUCGCUUGCCAUUUUCUUGUACAUGUUGUGCAUUAUAGCAGAUAAUGCAUGAAAUACUCGUGGAAUGAUACCCGUGGCCAGUACUUUCUGUUUGUUAUCUGGGACUGUGCCCUGAAAGGAAACCUUUCAGAUCAGAAAAUGUGCGUCCUCGUUUCACAGCUUGCUUAUUUGUAGUAGUAUAAUCUCAUGAUAUACACGUGUACAAGCGCAUUGCAUUUUUUUGUUCCAGAACAAAGGAGGUCUGAAUUUCGUCUUCCUCCCAACCUGGGGACAGCAUUAGAGUAUGGCCAUUUUGAUCAUCUUGAUGAUAACCUUACCCCUGAACAGUACAGGCAGCGUCUUCAUUUGCUUCUUCAUAUUGAAGAGUUUGAGCGUCGCCGUCAAAUGACAAGGUUCUCUCGGUGUUUUCUGUUCUUCAGUAAUAAUUUUUUAGCCUCAAUUGUAACUGAACGAAUAGGAUAUCUGUAUGAGUAAAUUAUUUGACGCACUGUUUACGAAUUUCUCCUGGUAGCAUAAAAGUAGACCUUCGGUCAAGUCAAAGUUUUUGCACAUUGAAGACCGUUCCAUGUGAUGCAGCUAGCAUUGGUAAAGGCUCUCUCAUCAAGAGUUUUAAAGGAACGCCCAGCGAGUAGGCAAGCACUAGGAACGUGACCAUCACUGUUGUGACAAUUGGUGCUCUACUAACAUUGUUAAAUUAUGUAACGUGAACACUACUGCAUAGUCCUAUAAGGCAUAGAUUGCAUUGCUGAUUAUACCACAAUUUAUUUCACUUGCACUGGAUGAUUAAUGUGCGACUGAUGCAAAAAGGAGAAAGAUUUACCCUUUAUACGGGCGGACACAAAACACCUACUGAUUUUCGCCAUUUUUUGCCGGUAUAGUAUUAAUUUCUCCUGUGUCGAUCAAUUAAGGGAAAGCAGAUUUACAGUGUGUAAUGUAAUAGAGAAACAUGUGUUACAGUCUCGAUAAUUUGAAUAUUCCUUGUAAUCCCCGUUGCUAUGUUUCGGUUUAUUUCCUUCAGGCUUACAAUUCACUGCUCUAAUUUGCUGUACUGCCUCCAGGCAUGUGCCACCGAUCCUUCCCAACUUACUAUUGUCCUGCCAAUCGAGGAAGACCUCAUGGAUGAUGCCAACUUGUUAAUCAAUCGUGGAGGUUAUGCCCUCUUGCGAAUCCAGCCGCAUGACUCCCCGAUUCCAGUAUUGUAUGAAGUUGUGGUAGAGAGCUUGAGAAAGAAUCGCGUUUUGCUACGUGCCAGCAGCGACCUCCAACAAGUGUUGAAAUCAAGAAGACCUCUUCCCGCGUCACUGUGCUUUCGUUUUGUUGAUACAUACCAGCAUAUGCAUUGGGCUGCGGAACGUGUGCGUCUUGAAGUGGUAUUCCCUACAGUACCGCAAGGAAACACAAAACAGAGGCCCUUUGCCUCUAAUAGCCGUCACCUGAACGAAUUGCAAAACUAUGCCUUAAAGCACAUGUUACUGCCCAAUGCUGGGCCACCGCUUCUGAUUCUUGGGCCGUUUGGGACAGGGAAAACCAGAACUAUCGCUGAAGCAAUGAAACAGUUAAUCACCAUCCAGCUGAACAAUCACUCUGUAGACUUCAGAAUCCUUCUAUGCACGCAUUCAAACAGCGCUGCCGAUCACUACAUCAAAAGCUACCUCCAUCCUUUCUUAACUCGAUCACAGAUCCCGCAUUCACGGUUCAAGCCGCUACGCAUUUGCUGGGAGAACCGUUUUGUAACCACGGUCUCCGAUGAGGUGUUACAGUACUGCCUUCUGGACAUGCACACCGGUAAGUUUGCCAUUCCCACCGUGGAGACGUUAAGGAGACAUCGACUCGUGGUAACCACUCUGGUGACGGCUGCAUCGAUCGCUCAGCUUGAUCUUCCAGCUGGAUUUUUCACGCACAUCUUCAUUGAUGAAGCUGCGCAGGCCAUGGAAGCUGAAACCAUCAUCCCUCUCUACUUGGCUGGACGUAACACUCAAAUAGUCCUGGCUGGAGAUCAUCUGCAGGUAUUUGCUUUCAACUUAAACCCGCAGAAUCUGUUAAAUGUAGUGAAUACAGUGAUGAAAUGAAAAUGAAGAAAUGAUCGUCUCAGUGAACGCAAUUUAUGCAGUUGCGUAAAGAAGCCUGAAAUAUUGAUGACUUAAUGGUAAUCACUGCGCGUCAUUGCUUAGUUUUGCUUAGUUUAUUUUUUGGUGUUGUUGUUGUUGUUUUUCUUGACGCGACUCACAAGAUUGUUGCUUUAAGAGUCUUACUUUAUCAGUAGAAUAUAUACAUGUAUAAUUUUCGUAAGUUUGUGAAAAUAAUGGUGGUAAUAUGGCUUAUUCCAUCCAGAGUUUUCUCAGCUUGGCAAACUUGUUUUCUUUUGUGUUUUUUUAGCUCAGUCCUCCUGUGAUGUCGACCGUUUCUCGCCAGCUUGGUCUUGGUCGUCCUCUUCUCGUGCGACUGCAUGCAAUGUACCCUGCCAUAUCAAAGUGGAAAGUUAUGUUACUGCAGAACUACCGUGCUUAUGACGACAUAGUAGAAGUGCCUUCUCAUCUGUUUUACCAAGACACGCUUGUUGCCAAGUUGAAGCGUCCGUCCAGUUUGCAUUAUUCUGUUGUGUUCUACGGAGUACACGGGCAGGAAGAGAUAGCAGAUGAACCGCCCUCGUUUUUGAACAGGGGAGAAGCUGCAGAAGUUACCGAUCGCGUGGAAGAAUUGAUAUCUAACUGGCCGUCGGAGGUCUGGGGAGAAGCUUCUCCAUCACGAAUAUGUGUCUUAGCACCUUACCCUCCUCAGGUAAAGAAGCAUGUAACUUUGACCCCAUUUUCCCCAAGUGUGUUUUUGAACUGGAAUCAAAUAAUACUAAAGAAACGAAUUGCUAUAGGUAGUUUAUGUUGACAAAUCACACUUAGAGAUCUGCAAGUUAAGUCGGUCAUCUGACAACGACUUGCCCAACUAAAAUUUGAUAAGGACUGAAGAAAUCCGUCCUACACGUGCAGUCGGACAAAAUGAUCAGAUACAUCAUAUACUAAAGACUAUUCUAAAGUAAGUAAAGAUUUGCAUAGUUAUGGCAAAAAAUAAAAUUCAACCCAAUCUAUGUCUGGAAACUUUUUUGAACUGCCGAUAAAAACGGUGACGCGUGAUCAAACAUAAUCUCGCUGUUCAUUUUUUUUUUUGUCAGGUGCGAGAAAUCAGGAGACUUCUUCGAACAAAGUCUUUAGGAGAGGUCCAAGUGGAGGGUGUAAACAAUGUCCAGGGUGAGAACAAUUAAUGAAGAGAACAAUGUACAGUAACUCGGGGCCUCAAUAAAAAUCACUCUUUGUGAAGUGAGUUCCUUGUAUAAAGAUUGUUAAUAGUAUAACAACACUGGGUUUCUGACUUCCCGAAACCACAGGGGUCGGGUUUGUUUAGACAGGGUCAACAGCCAUCACUUUCUUUUUUUGUUAAUUAAGUGUCUAUGCUUUUGUUUUAGGUCUAGAGUUUGAUAUACUAUUCAUCAGCACAGUGCGAACCAACAAACUCAACAAAGGUUAUGCUGCAAAUCAAAAGAAUCUGGCAUUUCUGUCUGACAGCAAAUUGUUAAACACAGCCAUCACCAGAGCUCGGUAUCGACUCGUAGUCAUCGGUGAUCCUGUUGCUCUGUGUUCCAUGGGAGAGUGCCGGGUGUGUUGGAAAUCAAUUUUAAGCAAGUGCAAUAGUAAUGGGACAUUUCACUAUCGUCUUCCAUUUGACACCCUUGCUAGAAUGACCAAGGAAGCCAAAAGUAACGCAUGUCAGAAUGGAAUAUUCGAUGCAUCCAUUCCUUGUAAUAAUAUUGUGAAUUCACUAUCAACCUCACAAGCACCUAUUCCACCCCAGCAGUUCCCCGGCCAUUUCGCUGGCUUUCCUUUCAUGGAAAUGCCGCACAAUAACGCGCAUCUUUCAAGCGGGCCUCCAGUAUUUAUUGCCAGUCCUGGUCCUGUAGUUAUUCCAAGGCACUCCCUGCCACUGCCAGUGCAUUCUUUCCCUGCUAUUCGAAACCCGUUUCAGCAACCUGCCUUGAUUAAUGGACUUACACCUAUUGGACCUCUUCCACAAGGAAUAGGCCUGUCAUGUCCGGUUACUCCAUGGUCCUCCCACCAACAGAUCGCGCAAAAUACCACACCUGUGAGGUCGCCAUUAUUCACAGACCAACAGUUGGUUCAAAAUCCCUCUCUUGGUAGUGUGUUAGGCGCUGAACAGCGGAUACGUCAAAAUACUAGCCGCGUCGAGACAACAUGUAAAGACCCACAACGACUACAACCACAGCCACAACCACCAGCUACAUUUCUCAUGCGUCAGCAACCUCCAAACGUCUCCUCUGUAGGGACAUUAGCCAGUCAGCAACAGCAAGUACCAAAGACUCCUUCCACAUCGAAAAAGGAGUCCACAAUGGUCACACCAGUUUCAGGUACUGCAACUGUUGUUCCAUCACAUUUGAGCUAUGCAAGCCUUAGGGCGUCAGAAAGAAGGAGGCAAAACGAACCAGAGAGUCACAACAUGUCGACCCAACAUCUCAUUGUCGUGAAUGAAUCACAAGGGGAACUCCUUUUAUCACUCGAAUCUAGCUUGCAAAGUAGUCAAGAGAUGGUGACAAGAGUAAAGGAUCUUAUUGCCAGACUUCAAAUAUCGUUUAGUUCCCCUGCUAACCAGAGUCUUCAAAAAAAUCUCGAAGACCAGAUGAACAUCCUAGAGAAAGAAGUUAAUUUAAUCCAGCGGCAUGUCGAGCUGCAUAGCGCUUUAUCAAGUCAACUUAGGAUUGAAGACUGGGGAAAUGAUGAUAGCAGUGAAAUGCAGUCGUCAUGUACAGACCCCUCCAGUCUGAAUGAAAUGGAGGAAGAUAACGGUGACUCUGACGCUGAGGAGUGGUUCAGCGCCCAACAUAGAGAUCCCAUAGUGCAAGAUUAUAUUAAGGCGUUCGAGAUGUUGACUUCUAGGACUGACUCUACUACUGAAGAAGGUUUUUUUCUUCCCGACGAAGCAGAGACCGGCAGACAUCUAGGCACUUCUUCACUUGUUUUAGAGAGCUCCUUGGCCACUCCCAUUGAUAGUGAGGAGGUUUCUCCUUUACGGGGAUGGGUUUUGCAACCCAGCGAGGCCACAGUUUAUAUUGAGAGUUACUCCAUCAACGAAGAAUACCUAGGAGAAGAAGAAGCCCGAUCAAAACUUCAAACUGGUGAACUUGUGGCUUGCCAAUUACAAAUUGACGCCUUCAGCGACGGUAAUACUGCAACAGCAAAAGUUUGCGAUCCAAACAGUCACGACAUCCACAUCGGUAGUAGAGCUGACAUAAACAGGGCAUUUAAUGGAGAUAAAGUCGCCGUGGAAGUUUUUGACACCAACAAACAAGGCUCAAGCAUACCCCAGGGAAAGGUAAAGGCAAUACUGAAGGAAAACCACCCCAGAAAAGUUGUUUGCAAGAUCGACAAUUUUGAUAGGAACAUGAUGACGCCUAUCGACAGAAGCAACUCAAAGUUUGUUAUCCUGCAGAGUAAAGACCACCAAGGCCAAACUGGCGUUGCCGUGUUUGUUAUGAAGGAUGGCAGAAUACAGUUCAAGAGUUUUGUGACAGAGACUCAAGGGAAAUUGUUUCUUGUGCAACUGAUGAAAUGGGGAGCAAGCUACAGGUACCCACUUGGCUUUGUUGUGCACUAUUUUCAAGAAGGCGGGGAUCCCCUUAAAGCCAUUUCAAUCUUACUGGCUGAGCACGGAGUUCACAAGCAACACCCAAAGAAAAUCCAUAAUGAGGCCAAAAAGGAUUUUCCCCCAAAAUGGAAGAUUCCCAUGUCAGAGCGCGUCAAGCGGAUAAAGUUUCCUGAGGUGUUCAGCGUUGAUUCUGCUUCUUGUGUCGAAGUCGAUGAUGCUUUGAGCGUUUGUUGGGAACAUGAUGGAACUUACAAGGUGGGUGUCCACAUCGCAGAUGUCUCCUUCUUUGUCGCCAAGAAUUCUCUGUUGGACAAGGCUGCUAUGUUCCAUGGAGCCUCAUUGUACGGUGGCACAGAAAGAGGUUUCCAUAGCCCCAUGCUGCCAUCCCGUGUUGGUACAGAGCUUUGUAGUUUACUACCAGGCGAAGAAAAGCUGGCUCUUUCAGUAGUGUUCCAUUUAAAUGAAGAUGGGCUAGAAGUUGGGUUACCUGACAUUCAGCGAAGCAUUGUCACAUCGUGCUGUAAGUUAACCUAUGAUCAGUGUCAAGAUGUUUUUGAUGGGAAAAGGCUUGAUGGUGUCGCCGAGAGCGUUCAAAAAGGUGUUGGUAUCCUUGGACAACUUUCAUUCAAAAUGUGGACAAGAAGAGUUCGUCAAGGGUUUGUCGCCUUCGAUGCUGCUGUUGGAAAACCUAAUGCUUGGUCCUCUUCAAAAAUGGUGGAAGAGUUUAUGUAUCAUGCUAACCGUGCAGUAGCCGAGCGCCUUUUCCAAAGCCCCCUUGCUAAGACGAUCGUGCCGCUGCGUCGACAACUUCCUCCUAAAACACAUUUUCUGCGUGAUACAUAUCAAUCGUGCAUUGAGAAAGGUAUGCAACCAGACCACUUUUUAACCUUGGAAUGCCUAACAAGAUGUUCCAAUGGUGAAUCAGUCUGCGGAUCUGACGACUCUAUUAGUAUCGAUUUAAAGACAUGGGAAAAGAUAUCUGCCGCUCUGGAUGACAAAGACCUAGCCAAGGUAACUCUUUCCAUUCUACAGCAUGAUAACGCCUCCGGCGUUGGUAAAAUACUGGCGCAGCUGAAAUCUCAUCAGGAACAUAGCGAGUAUGUCGCGUCUUCCAGUCUUUCAGCCGAAAUGCAAAGCCAUUUUGGCCUUAAUGCAGCAUCGUAUACCCACUUCACGUCUCCUAUUCGCCGUUACAUAGAUCUCGUUGUUCACCGCAUCUUGUUAGCGGUUUUGGAUGGUGUAGAAAUGCCCUAUAACGAAGAGCAAGUGCAGAGCAUUUGCGAGCAUUGUACGAUGAUGUCUGCUCGGAUUGAUGCUUUUGAAAAACAGUUAGCUGCGGUAUCUAGGGCGGAUGCACUACGAAAGGAUUCGAAAUGGAGAGUGGCUAAGGUGGAGUCACUUUCUCCUGAAAACCUGCUUCUUGGAGGGGAUGAGGUUGAUCACAUCGGUUUCUUCUAUCGAAGCGUCAACAUCCACGAUUGUAAACCAUCUUCCAGGGAGUGGCUUGAGGAAGAGGAAGAAUUGGUUUUGAGCUGGAAUGUUUUGGAGAUCAAUGUGACAGGCCAAGAAAUAGGAGGAUAUUCGGGCCAAGGAGAUGAUCUCUCUGGCGAACCCUCGUCUUCUUUAGAACUGGAACCUUCUUCGGGUGUUACUAGACAGUUUUUGGAAAUCCCCCAAGAGUUUUGGACGAAAUUUUUACAAGGCCUUCGUGAUGAAGACCUUCUGGAAAUGAACAGACAAAGGCAAAUGAUUGAUUCAAAUGCUGUGGUCAGUUUCGACAAGACAACUCCAAGCACGUAUGGUAAUUUUGCUCCUGAAGAAUCGAUUGCUAUGAGUUCCAUUGCACCUCUUCAAGUUAUUAACGCACAUACCAAGUUUUACCGCAAGCGAGACACAAUUCCCGUUUCUUUGGGCGCUGAAAUGAACAGAGGAUUACUUAGGCCCAGUAUACUGGCUGUAAAAUUCUCUGAUGCAAUCGUGUGCUGUAUGCGACAUAGGCGUCAUCCUUCUAAAUCGUUUGGUGUUUCCGCGUUGACGGCUACCAAGGCAACCUACGCAGGCGUAUGGGACUAUCAGUCGGUGAUGCUUCCGCUACUGGAAUGCGAAGCUUCUACGGCUAGUGUCAACUCAGAUGCCGCCAUUCAAAUCAUCCUGCAUAAUGUCUCUGUCCAGUGGAAUGCCAGUAAGUUUUAACGCGUUAGCCUCAGAAAACAGCCGACAUUUUACGAGGCCAUCACUGAUUUUGCCACAAAAUGGCGUCUGAGGAACGGGUGCAGAAAAAUCCUUGCUGAUGACAUGUCCCUGCCUAGAUCUGGGUAGUACUUCUGACUGGUUGAAGCAAAUUUCCCACGCGGCAGGACCAAUCAGAAGCACUACCCAAAUCUAGGUCGUGAUACUUCAUCAGUCUGGAAUUUCUGGGUUUGUUACUCAGACGUCAUUCGUGGGAGACUUGUAGUGGCGCCGUCAACUGUCGGCUAUUUUCUCAUGCUGUUCACAAGUAAAACAUUUUGACUGUAAAACUGUAAACGCGUGCAGACUUCAAGUCUCUGUCUGCAUUUCCAAAUAGAUUUGACCAAUACAGGACCCUUUUCUGACAAACAAUUGAAAUGUGUUAAAUAUCAGUGUUACCUCAAUUAAUUCUUGGAAAAAACAAAAAUAAAAAAUAGUAUCUGGUAUCUAUGGUAAUGAAUGGAGAAACACUGUAUGUUAGUAAACUAUCUUUCUUUGAAAUAAUAAAUUAGUGCAGUGUUUAUAAUCCUUUUCGAUGGUUACAGUUGUGUCCAAAUUGAAGGACGAAUAUCAUAGUGUCAGCCUCUUCCAAAGUACAGUAAGCCGCUGAAGCUAAACAUUACCCAGAAAACAAUAAAUAGCCCUUCAUACGCGUCAUUCCGUCAGUGAAAAUUCCACGUGCUUUUCAAUCACAGAUGCAGGAGAGUUCACCUUACCAACGGCUUUGUGUGUCUGCCAUGGUUUGCAGCUUUGCUGCGGUGACUUUCUUUGUCUCCGAAGCGCCGUGUCUCCUGGAAUCUUCCACUGUCGUGUCACUGAAGUUGACAGAAACCAAGACAGAGAAUUGAUUCGUGUCAGCCUGGUGGACGUUCCAGAGGGUUUCUCGGUUGAUCAAUUGAAUAAUGGUGCCAGCCUAUUUAGCCUUGAAGUCAUUGCUCAGGGCCAAGCCUUCCGCCGUAUGAUAAGUAAGAACAGUUACUUUGAAUAAUGUAUUAGCUCUAGUUUUAGUGAAUUUUAAGCGUUAGACCCUCCUGUUAGCUUUCGGUUUGGCGUUUAUAACGGGUUGUGGCACGAAAUAAGAGCGACGGGCAUCUUACUUUUUUGUUUGUUUUGUUGUUGUAUGUAUGUUUCUCUUUUCUCUCUCUCGCUCUCCUCUUUAUUAGUCUGCACUUUUACCUUCUCCUUUUUGUACCUUAAAUUCAGUUCCUCUGGCCAGUCAUUACUAAAGAAGAAAAUCUAAUGAACCAAUAGAAAUUCUUAGAUAAAUCGUUUUGCCUGGGCAUAGCUCCUGUCCAAGCGCCCGAGAUUUACUUUUCUUUUACUCCAACCGAUCGCAAAGCAAACAAGAGCAAAGCAACUACCACAUUCUUUGAGCAGAUAUUUCAAAGCAGCCUUACUUUAAGUUAACUAAAGUUAAUCUACUCAUUAUUCUUUGCUUAAAGCUGCUGUGAAGAGUCUUGGCGAUGCACCAGAGCUCAUUAGAGGUGUUUUCUUACGAAGGGACUUGCCUUCGUACCUGGCACACAACCCAAGGUUUAAAGGACAAAGAAGGGAGGAGAGCAAGACGCACGUGACCCUUAACCCAGGACAGCAAGAAGCGGUAAAAUUGGCCUUGACAUCUCCACUGACGCUUAUUCAAGGACCACCAGGUAUGUGUAGUUGUACUGUUCUACAAUUAAACAUGUAGAGAGCGUUUCCCAUGACGUCACGACGGCCAUAUUGGUGUUCCAAAACAAUGAAACGGCUACCAUGAUGGUGUUCCAAACCAGUGCUGUGGGAUUUUAACGUUUUCUUUGUUCCAAUAAAUUUGCAUCGAUGCUGGCCAUGUUAGUGAACAUUCUCUAUGAAUUAAAAAGCUGUGCUCUAAAGAAAACUGAACGGAGCCUAAUGUUCUGAAAUUAUAAAGUCUAGAGUGCCCAGCAUUACCCUGCGAGCAGAAGCCCCUCGAUCUUCCUAGAAAGAUCGAAGGGCCUCUGCUCGCAGGUUAGCGCAGCAUAUGAUUUGUAUCAAGAACCAUUCUUCAAUUGUGCCUCUUUUUUUACUCCUGUCGCCGUCGUCAUUGCUAAAACAGUCUAGUUGUUGUUUGUUCUUCUUACUGCAUUGACGAGUGCCGUGUUGCUUGUGUCUUUCAGGUACAGGAAAGACUCUGACGGGCGUUGAGUUAGCGCGCCAGUUUGUAGCCUUGAACAAAAGAGAAGGAACUGGAGGACAAGUUCUUUUCUGUGCUCCGUCCAACCACGCAGUGGAUGUGGCUGCAAGUGGGUGUUUAUUUUCACAAAUUAGAUUUGAGAACAAAUGCUCGCCAUAGCAUAUUGUGGGGUGGAGGACCUAAAUUGUGUUAGCCUAAGAUCGAAGGAAUUCACUCCCACAAUCUGACCAAUAUCCUCGUCCUUAACGUUUAAAGGUAUGCGCAGCAGAAAGAAAAAUGGAGGUGUUCUGUCCUUAACUAAGGCCUCUUUUUUGGGAUUGUGGUCCUUUAAUAGGAUACCCAUAAGCACAACUUUUCAGAUGUGAAGGAAACAAAAUAAAAGAAGCCAGUUCUAGGCCCAUCUUGCGGUAUAGGUUACCCCUUAAACAGGGUGUCACUUUUCGUUACUGGGGCGUAAUAUAAAGGAUGUUCAUUUUUAAGUAAUUUCCCUUAACUAGGGUUAGGACUUUGGGCUAUAGGUCUCCGAUAUCCAUCAACCAGGGGAAGAGUAUAUAUAUAUAUAUAUUUUUUUUUUAAAUGGUGACACCAGAGGACUUGUGUUCAAAGUUAGAACUAAAUUACGUAAGUCUGUGUUAGACCCUGUAGUGGUGAAAGAGUAUGGUGAAAGCGGGUAAUCUCUUUUCUAAUUGGCAGGAAUGCUUCAAGCAGUACCAGAUGUGAAGGUUCUAAGAGUGUACGGCAGAACCAUCGAAGAUCAGACGUUUAAACACUCACUGAGAACUACUCUGUGGACUUCGCAGAGCGUAAUGGAUACAGCUUGCCAAGACAUCGCUCUGCAUUUCCGCAUCCGAGAGUCAAGCAAUCCCUACUCUACAAGGAUCGCAGCCGCCGAAGAGGCAAUUUCGCGACUGAAAAAGAAACCUACUUCUCAUUGGUUAGUGAGCAACCCGCACUAGCUCGUUCCAUAAUACAUGCCCGCCCUUAGCAGUCCCCUGUUAAUGACUGGUAUGUCGAGGGAUAAUGACUUCGAGAUACUGUAAAUUGUGUGUCCCGUAAAAUCGCGACUUGAUUGACCAAUCAGGUCGAUAAACAGAGUUUAAUAGCAUCUACUGGUGAGACAACUCACUUUAACUCUGAUGAUGACUGCUGCACAGGUUGUCCAAAUGUCAGUCACUGUCAACAACAGUCCUUUUCAGGACUACAUUCACCCAGACGAUCAUAUUAUUCCUCAGCGAGCAAAGAAAGUCAUGUCCAAUAGCCGUGGCUAAUGGAUUUUGUUAUUGAGUUGCCCAACGGGCAAGCGAAGUUUUUUUCCGGGGACAUUCAAAUCACGGAGGAACUGUUAUCAGUCCUGCUAGUCCAAAUGUUUUCGGACUAGUUAGAAUGACUCUUGGGCUUGUAUGUGCUAGCUACAGCUUUCCUGAGGUGCAAGCUGUAAAACUGACUUUCUUUUCUCCCUACAGCUAGUUAAGAAAUGACUCCUGAGCUCAAACCGUCCACAGUUUUAAACAACUAAUAUCUUGUCUUGUUUGCAGCUCCACCUCUGGGAUAGAUCAAGAGAGAGAAAGAGACGAGCUGUGUCGUGUGAUCGAGGAGCUUCGCGAUGCAAUGGAUGAGGCUGAAAAAUACGAAAUCAGCCAAAAUGGAACCGAAGUGAUCUUAUGCACGUGCAUCGAGGCUGGUGCGAAACGUGUUAAACGUUUUGCACGUAUUAGUCACGUGGUUAUAGAUGAAGCGAGCAUGUGCUUAGAGGCAGAAACCUUAGUGGCCCUCGCUUCAGCUGGUCAGAGACUGCAGCAAGUGGUACUACUCGGUGAUCACAAGCAACUGGGUGCUGUCAUCACGUGCUCUGCUCCACGAAGGCUUGGUCUUGGCAAGUCUUUGUUUGAAGUGUUGUUUGACAAGCCUGUUGCUGGAAAGGCUUACUCGUGCUGUAUGUUGCAGACGCAAUAUCGUAUGGUAUGUAUAAUAUCGAUCUUUAGAGAGCUUGGCACCCCCAGCCCCCCAAGCCCACCCCCCUUACAUGCAUUUCUUUGAAAUCUGAUUGGCUCAUUUGAAUGCGAAAUCGUGUUGUGAUUGGCCAGACUAAAUAACGUGGUUUUAACUUUCGUAUGCAGCAUCCGAGUAUCAGGGAAUUCCCAUCACAGCAGUUUUAUGACGGCUUGCUGAAUGAUGCUCGUCAAUUGACCAGUCCUGACCAACUGGCUGUCGGUGAUCUGCCUGGAUUUUGGGCCGGAGGGUCGACAGUUCGUGUCGUGUUUUGUCACGUGGCAGGAAGUGAAGAGAGCCCUCAGGACUACACGGGACCCGAGGGACGGGAAGAAUCUAAGCACAACCCUCAAGAAGUUCAGGCUGUGGUACGUAGAACUAUUUCAUUAAAGGUUAUCUCAUGUCUGUUUGUGGCGUUGUAGCUAUUUGUAAUAGUAAUUUAACUUUUAAAAUUAAAAUCAAUAAAAAACUGACACUUAAUGGUUACAGGACGUUGAAAGACAAGAUUUUUUGACAGCAGUAUCUUAUUGGGACAGAAUCGCCUUUGAGUGAGCCUGUUUUGUGAGUAAAGUGGCCUUCUUCCCUAAAAAAGGGGCGAGAAGGCGGCUCUACACGGGCUACCUAUGAAUUUUCUUCCUCCUUCGCCUCAGUGAAUUAAAUAAGCGCCCCAGGUAGUUCUACUUCAAACAUUUACGGCAACGCCUUUCGUCCGCAAUAAGACUUACGAGUAUUUGCAUUCUUUGCAGAUCCGUGUUAUUAGGUAUCUCAUUUCUCAUGGACUGCAGUCCUCUCAAAUUUCUGUGCUCACUCCUUACUCUGCUCAGAGAGCUAAAAUAUCCCGGGCCCUCCAGGCUCAGUUGAAAGCAUGCGAUUCAGAGGUGCUCUCUGUUUUUGCCAGUCAAGGUAUGUAUGGUAGUGUGUUUUGUGAAAGACAGCUGUGAACAUUAGUAACACAGGACCAAGUCCAAUCGUGGUUGUAUAAGACUGAAACACAAUCCUGUCCCCUAUCUACAAUAUUGUUUGAAUAACCUCCUUAUAGGAUUUUGAUUAUAGAUGUAAAGGCAAAAAAAAUUGUUUUACCUUUCUCUGCAAAAUGACGCUGGGAAUAUAAUACGUCUACUCUCGAUGCAAAACAAAGGGGAUUGUCGUAUUGUGGUAAAUUGUUAGCGCUCUUUCUUAGAAGACAUCGCGCUCUGUUUACCAAAUAGUAGGUGGUUUCUGUUUUCUCUGAACAAGUGGACGCUUCAGGUCUCAGAAAAAAAUGCUUGUGGAUGCGCCACAAAAACUGAGCAGCGAGAGGCUAAAUGUUCUAAUCCAACUUUUGAGCCAGCUAUAACUACCUUUCUCAUCCUUAAAACAAAAAAAAGUGAAUGUCUCGUUUUAGUGAAGUCAGAAUCAAGCUUUUUCAAGGCUUGUUGAUCGACUAUUGCACGAUUGUUGCAGCUUUUGUUUAACAGAUGUCGAGCUGUUGAAUGUUGACACAGGCCAUUUACCUAGCUGAGCGUUGAUGAGCAAGAAUAGCUAAAGAGGUUGUCUCUAUUUCGUUCAGCAGGUUGCAAAAAGAGAGGCGCCACAUGUCUUUAUCAACAAAUAUUUUACUGUUUGCCAUCUUUAACAACUAAUGAAUUUAAAAUUGCUAGGUGCUGAGAGGGACUUCAUAGUACUGUCUACUGUCCGCAGUAUGCCAGUGGAGCAGAUUGUUAGCAGCACAGACAACCAACAGUGGUUAACAAGCCAUUUGGGUUUUCUUAUUGAUGAGCGGCAAAUGAAUGUCGCUCUGACACGUGCAAAGCAUGGGCUGAUCAUUAUUGGUGAGUCGCCACUAGCUCUUUAAAACCGAUAUCGAACUUUAAGUUCUCUUCUCCCAUUCUUUACGUUUCUAACAGCGCUUACAAAAAGAGAAUUUCGUUGACACGUUCAGAAACGUUACCCCUCUAAUUAAUUGUUAAUUUGUUACAAGUGUUGUUAGUGCGCGAUCAUUGAUCAUUGUAAUUUGUUACAAGUGGUAUUAGGACGCGAUCAAAGUGAUAGCCGUCGGGCUAGAAUGUUUAAAUUAAAGUUAUCCCACGGGCAAGCGACGUUUGUCGAGAUAAAGUAAUUGUUAGUGACUAGAAGUAACCGAAGGCUACGUACGGGUGAAAGGGAUUGAAGGUUAAAACGCUUUUGCUCCAACGCUGUGCUUUUCAACUGAUAGAUAGUCAAAACACGUGCGAUAAGAUUACGAGUGAUAGAAGGUACAAACGCCACUGAUCAGAUUGAGUUCUAUGCAUUCCAUUCAUUAGGGACCUUAAGCAACGAGAAUGUUGACGUCCUCGACGUCAAAAAUGGCAACUGGAAGUUGAUAUUUUCUCUCUUUCAGUGCUCUGACUCGACAAAUUCGUACGGCGGGAGUUAAAACAAAGGCAUUCAGAUUCGUUGUGUGAGACAAAAGUGUUCCAUCAAGCGGGACAUCGAACUUCCGGUUGCUAUUCAUGAUGUCGGGACGUCAGCGUUCUCGUUGCUUAAGCUUCGCUAAUCUUAAUGGAAGUCUGGCCAUAUAUAUGGAGAUUAGGAGUGCGGGCUCCUCUUAUCACCCGCAAAAAGGGUGGGCCGCGGAGGGCGUGGGGGUGAGAAGCGUGCACGAUUGCUCCAGGAUUGCUCCUGAUCAUUAGUGUGAAACUUCAAAAGUUCAAUAAAAUUGUCUUUUGUUGCUAGGUAACCGACGCCUAUUGGCUGUGCACCGUAUGUGGAGCAGCUUGAUAUCACACUGUGAUCGUUUAGGUUGCCUGGUCGAUGAAACAUGGUUGGACAAUAUCACUUCAAUGUAGGUUCAAUUAAGUGCCAGCCAUGUCACAAGGUUGAGGAGUGGAGUCCCAAGUGGCUGGCAUGUCGACACUGGUGGUGUGUUUUAUGUGAUGUAUUGAUAUAUGACAGAGAUCACGAGGCGUGCCGGGAAGGAAGUAUCAGAAUCUUUUUCCCGCAAUUUUACCGAAGAAUAUUAGGAUAUGACAAUGAAUCGAGAUUUUUUCAUUUGUCCUAGUGAACGUGUUUUUUUGUUUGCUUUUUUGUUUUUUACACCAAACCAGUAUAAGAGUAUAAAUGUUUUUUUGUAUGUGUUUGUUUUUUCAAUUUUUAAAGUUCUAAUUUUAUCUGUAAAUAAUGAACACCAUACGCCAUAAAUUAUUCGAAAUUCCACUGUAAUUUAUUUAAGAACUUUUACUUGAACAAAACAGAGGUGCC